UAUAAAUCAACAACCCUUAAUUUUAAAAAGCAAAACAAAAAGUACAUUCGCCAAGGAACUAUAAAAAUCCGCAGAAAUGAAUGUGAAGAAAUCCCAUUUAGCGAUGUUCGCGAUAACGAUCGGUAUAAUUAUAUGCUGCAUGACUGCAAUCGCUGUAUUUGCCGGCUUUAAGCACGAGAUGGUCAAGUUCAAAACCAUGUUGGUGAGCAUGGUGAUAGUCCUGAUGUUCCAGUACCUGAUCGGGGAUCCCAUCAAGUUUGUGAUCCAGUCGAUCGACGCGACAUUCUGGCCGCCCAAAGUGUACGUACCGCCACGCUGCGAUAAGGGAAAGGAGCACGAUCGCUUUGACUUCCUGAAGCAACGCCUGAGCAGCCAGAGAUCCAAUUUGGGGCUGUCAUCGCAGUACAGGAACUGGAAACUCAACGAGCAGUACAAGCUGAUUGCCCACGAUCUCUUCACCUAUGGGCAGUACUUCCUCUGUCUGAUGUGCCUGGUUUUGGUCACGCGAGAUGAAACCCUCUAUCACAAUACCCGCAGUAUCAAGACUCUGUUUAUGAACAACCACACGGACUACACGGGUCUGAAGGAGGUAUACUUUCUGAACCAGUUGUACGACUUCAUUGAGUCCACGCUGGUGAUCGCAUUCAAUUCGAAUUCAAGUGGAGGCACUGCCCCCGGUUGGGUUCAUGCGGAGCAAACGGUGCUCCUGGGAGUGAUUCGAUUGCGCCAACUGCGAGUGGUCGAUCCGAAUAUCGGCCUGGGUAAGCCGGUGUUCUCGGAAAUGUACUACAUGCCCGAGUGGCAGCUGCCGUACCGGCGACUGCACUAUGCGGACAAGUAUUGGCGAAUCUACGAGCCCUGGAUACCCAUCACGGUGAGCUUCGAGUUCCUGGACGGCCUGCUCAUGAACUUCAAUCAUGUGGGCUACCUCAACAGCUAUCCGGAGCUGUUGGGCUACGUCAGUCUGCUGGCCAGGAGCACGGCGAAUAGCAUGAAGGUUUUGGACUACCUCAGCGAAUAUCACUGGCUGACACUGAACACCUCGGCGGUGUUCAUCGACUUCACGCUGUACAACGUGGACGUGAAUCUGUUCAGCAUCUGCACACUGCGGCUGGAGAAGACACCAUUUGGCGGCACAGUGCCGGACGUUCAGGUGGAAAGCGCCAAGCUCCUGGAGCACGUGGAUCAGAUGCCAUUGACGGGGCUGCUGGCGCUGCUUAUCUAUGUGGUGGUCUUUAUCCAGUUCGCACAGUCGCUGACCGUCAAAUUGUGGUACGAGCCGAGUUUGCUGAAAAGCAUUUGGAACAAGUUGGACCUCUUUAUCUUUCUGCUAAACGUGAUGGUGGUCGUACUGGUGGUUCUCCGCGAGGCUCUGGUGGCCAACAUGAUGAAGAAGGUCGAGGGUGCCAGUAAGAUGGAGUUCAUUGACUUUCGGCGACCGUCACGAAUGCAUCAGUUGACCACGAUCACGAUUGGCUUUCUAAUAUGUAUGACCACGUUGCGCCUUUGGCGGGUCAUGCAGUUCUCCAGCGUCUUUGAGCUGUUCACGAGGACCCUAUACUUGGCCUGGGCUGCGGUGGCCAGCACGGCCAUUGCCAUCGUUAUAUUCCUGAUGGGUUUCUGCUUCGCCGUGGUCACCAUAAACGGUAACAAUAGCAACAACUUUAACAGGUUCGUCAAGAGCAUGGUGAUGUGCAUGUGCUUUUCCUUUGGAUUUAGUGCCCAGGUGAAGCCAACGGAAUUAUUCUACGGCGGCAUAUGGUUGGGUAUUCUCUUAUACGGUGUUUUGGCCUUCGUCAUCAUAGUGCUCCUGAUCAACGUCUUUGUGUCCUUGAUCAAUGAUUACUUCACCAUUGCCAAGACCAAGAGGGAUUCGGAGAGGGAGCAUCGGAUCAAUUUCUUUGAGUUUUUGCGCAUAGAGUACUCGGGAUUCUUUAGAUUUAUCCAUGAUCUGCCCUGCUUCCGGCGUUAUUAUGUCCGUAAUAACCACACGGUGGCGGAGAAUGUGCGCCGGAAACUGAAUGCAAUUGAAGACAAGAGGUUGAUGCAACAGCGGCAGCGGCGGGGUUAUCAAGUGAUUCAACGACAAUCGGAUGAUGACGCGACGGCGUAUAAAGAUCGUGGCGAGAGGAUAAUCAAUGUGGGCAAUAUCCUGAACACCCAGUUAACGUUACUCAGCAUGUUUCUGUUCGACGAUGAUGGAGACGAGCAAGUUCAUCCGGAAACCCAGGAGCCCGAAGUGCCUGAGGAGGCAGAAGGAGGACAGGGAAAAGGAAAGACCAAGAACGAGCGUGAAGCAGACGCCUAAAAAGUAAACAUUCU